AUGUCUGACCUGGUUGCCUCCGAAUAUACUCCGCUGGAGGUGCCUCUUCCUCCAGGCCCGGAUACGUCGUUCUUUUCCGAGACGCAAUGGACGACACUCUUUGCAUUGGCAGAUGCUAUAAUCCCGUCAAUUCGGACGGCUGCUACCGUCAGAUCAUCAACCGACAAGGUCAUUUCAACCGCAGAAUGGGACUCGGCCGUGACCAAGCUGUCCUCGUUGAUCCCCGGCCCUGAAGCCGUAAAGGUCGCGGCCAUCUACUUGGAAGAAGAUGUCUCGUCGAAUCCUCUCUUCCGUGCAUACGUGGAGCGCAUUUUCGGGCAUUAUGUACACGAGGAAGGAAAGAGUGGCUUUGGGUUGAUUAUGAAUGCUCUCAAGUAUGGAUUUUCCUUUUAG